CUCAAAAUCCAAAAUUAAAAUAAAAGGAAAUAAGAUAUGCAAUUGUCAGUAUUACGCACCCAAAUCCCCAAAAUAGUUUUUUUUUCUCCAAAAUAUAAUAUAUGAACUAAUUAUCAAAAGAAAACAUACCAAUAACAGUAUAUUCACCUGUCAUGAUUAUGCACUCAAAUCCAAAAAAAGAAAAAUGUAUUUAAUCUAAUAUAAUAUAGCAUACUAAUAUCAAAAGAAAGCAUAAUGCAUCAUUAUAAUUUAUAAACCAUCAGAAAUCGUUCCUUGAAAAAAAGAAAAAGGUUAAAAGCAAAGAAAAAUGAAGAGAAGCAGAUGAAUGAAAAAGAAAAUAAAGAAAGAGAAGGAAGCUUGGAAGAGAAGGCCAUUGAAAUCGUUGCUAUUGCUUAGAUUACAAAAAAAGUCAGCAACCUCAGAUGUCAGAUAGAAGAGAGCUAACGUUCACGUCAAACUAGUCACAAUUUAAAUUAAAUAAAUAAAUGAAGAAUUUUACACCAUUUAUUACUUUGGAAUGGACUUACCACCUCACCCAACUCUGAAAGAAUCCCUCUACCAGCAAAAGAAAACAGAGUGGUGUAGCUGAUCAGACGGGAGCGAUUAUGGCGAAGAGGUCAGAUUUUGCUCAGAAACUUUUGGAUGAUCUUCGUCUCCGAAAGGAGCGAAUGUCUACUUCAUCACAGACCUCAAACCGUUCCAAUUCAAUGGCUAUUAUAGAUGCCUAUUCUUAUGCCAAGCAAAACUAUAGAGGAUCCAAAGAUGUAAGAACAAACGAAAUGAUUGGUUCCAGAGCUGGAAAUACUCGAUUAAAGUCUAGUGGAGGCAGUAGAUCAUCCUUGGGCGGAGAAUCAGCAAAACAGUUGGUCUCUUAUGGAAGAGGCCAAGGCUCAGAGCAAUUAGGAGAUCUUUCUAUGGCUUUGAGAUUCGCAAUCGAAAAUGCUGGAAAACUUGGAAGAACAGAUUCAUCCACUAGAAGUUCAAUGCUUGGAUUUCUACAACAUAUGGGAAGAAGCUCCAUGAGCAAUGUUGAUAGGCAUCGACCUUCAACUAGCCAAUUACCUGCCUUUUCUUCUGUCCAAAUUGAGGAGAUAUCAAAAGGGGCAAUGAAGUUGAACCAAAUCCUUAAAGCCUGCUCCAAUGGCCUUAACUUUGAUAGUUACUCUAUUGAAAUUGGGAAGGAACUACUCAAAGGCGCCAUAGAUUUGGAGAACUCACUGAAGAUGCUUGUCAACUUGCAGGAAGCUUCUGAGUUCAUGGUUAGCACACAAAAGAAGAAGAAAAAUCGAAUCAAAUUGCUCGAGGAAGGUGAGGAAGACGAAGACGAAAGUAAUGUGAAUAUAGCGGAGGAGUGGAAACUAGACCUUCCUAGAUUCUCCUUUGACAAGCCCUCAAGGAAAAAUAUCCAAGAGUUUGGAAGAACUGGCCAUAAGCAGAGUCUACCAGCUCUGACUAACUCAACACAACAUAGUAACUUCAACCAUGAAAACCAGCUGGUGCCUGCCUCAAGAUCAAGUUCUCACCAUCACAAUCGAUCAAUCAGCUAUAGCUCUAAUGCCAGAAGACUUUCCACAUCAUCAGAGCGAAAGAAUCACCUGAUCUCAGCUGAUUCUAAAUCAGAAAAGGCAAGGAUUCCGAGUGUAAUCGCUAAGCUUAUGGGAUUAGAUAAGCUCCCUGAAACUGAGAAUUCAACUUCUGCAGCACAGAAAAACUACAGUUCCAAACCAAAAGACGAGAGAGAUCAGUCAUUUCGAAGAGUGACACAGGAAGAGGAGACUCCUAAGAUUGUUGGACACAAGACUAAUGGCCCUGAGAAUCUUCUACACCCCAAAAAACAAAAAGUGGUAGAAGUUAACAAGACUACCGUUGGUCAUAAUAGCCCUUCAGUUGUGGUGAACAAAGAGAAAAAGGUUCCUUCUCCUAUCAAUUUUGAGGUUGUUAUGGAAGAUGAAAAACCGCCAUGGGAAAAUUCAAAAGGGAGCAAAGCAAUGACAAGAUCAGAAAAGGCCAUGGCAAGAAAAGAUGAGCAGCAAAAUGUGGUAGUUCAACACAAACAGAACACAGGCCGAAUGGAUAAUAAAAAACAGUUCUCAAGCAGUCAAAAGAAGUCACAGAACAAGUUAGAAUUGCAGCAGCCAUUUGUGCCUAGAAAAUUAGCAUCAGAAGAGAGGGAACAUAAUGGAAAACAAGUUUUGCAGACAAGAAAACAAAAGGGUAGUACUGGUAUUGAAGUUAUGGCCAAGAUAUCGAAACCUGUCCGUGAUGGAACAAAUUUGCAACAGAAGCAGCCACAGUCGAACCAAGAAAAGCUGAAUAAGAAAAGUUUGAAAAAAAGUACUAAUGCAGACGAAGUGGUGAUAGAAAGAAGUUCGGCUGAAUCGAAUGUCGUUAAGGGUUGGAACAAUCGAAACCCAGACCAGAAUUCGUCUCCAAAACUACAAGAACCUGAAUCAAGAAAAGAAAAGCCUCGCAUUCCACCAGUUAUGGAUGACAAAGCUGUUCAUGUGCCAAUCCUACAGAGAGCAAAAGUUGCUAGAGGGCAUAAUAAUGAAGUACUUGGUAGAAGAAGUGGGAGUUUGAACAACCUGACCAGGCCACCAAGACAUCAGAGUUCAAUUUUAAAAGAAGUCAAAUCUAGAAAGGUUGAAAAAAUUAGAGACAUUAGACCAGAAGAAGCAGAACCACGCAUCAUCAAGUCUAAUAGAUCAACCGUGAACAAUCAACUGAAUGAUUUGACCCCAAAUUUGCUCAAAGAAGAAGUUGAGAACACAUACCCUCUCAAUACUUCAAAGGAAGAUGACUACAAAAGCUUGCAUGAGCCAGAAGAACUUCCAUCAAAUGACAGCGAUCAAAACGUGAUACCGAUUACUGAAGAAGAUCAAACACCUUUUGGUGAAGAUCAAGAGCAUAAAUGUGGAGGCAAUGUUCCAAAUGAACUUACUGGAGCAGAUACAGAUAAUAAAGAAAAAACCAGGGACAUCUCAGUGGAAAAACCAGAAUUGAAGCAGGAGAAAAUAGUCAAAACUAUAAUGGAACCACCAAGUAAUAAACUAUUAAUGGAGCCGCUGAGCGAGAGUGAGAACCAGCUUAAGCAGAUACUCAUUAAGAGUCAACUGUUCCUUAACACAGCAGAGGCUCUGUUCAAGCUCGAUAUCCCCAUUGAAGCUCUUGAUAAUAGUGAUAUUAAUAGCGGCGGCGGCGGCGGCCAUGAUUACCAAGACAAUAUUUAUAACGAAGACAGAAAGCUCAUAUUAGACUGUGGCUAUGAGCUGAUGAGAAGAAAAGGGAGAAAGCAAGAGGUGGCACUUCAUCCUUGUGUGACUGUAUCCAUAAGUUUGGUGAAGAUAACAACCUUUGAUUGGCUAGUCAAACAAUUGAGUAAGGACUUUGAGAAAUUGAGAUCCUACGGUAGGAACGGAGUAGAUGAUUGCGAAGUGGAUGAGUAUCUGCCUAGGAUGUUGGAAAGCGAUGUGUUUAACAAAGAUCCGUACGUGAAUUGCAUGUGGGAUUUGGGUUGGAAUGAAGGCAUGUUUGCAUUCGUUGAAGUUGACGAGGUUGUAAGAGAUGUUGAGAAAUAUUUGCUCAAUGGGGUCUUAGACGAUAUCACAGGUGAUCUUCUCUUACACAAUAUGAGUGUUCUUAGUUAUUGAUAAAUAAAACUAUAAAUUAAGUAUCAAUAAUUUGGUUUAUUUUGUUACCUAUCGAAUUUUUGUAAAAACAGCUUGAAUGCAACAUUUUUAUUCUCACAUUCAUAUAUAUCUCUUCUAUAUA